AUGGUUAGACCGUCGCCGAUUGUGGCCUGUGUCAUCAAUAGUGUUGCGGAAAAAGUAGUCGGUGGUUGCUGCCCGACGACUGGUGGUGUAAUUUCAGUUGCCGCUGGUUGGCGGAUACUAAGGCCGAAGACAAGAUUCGAGAUGGAAGAUUUUAGGGCUAAUGUGCAGGGGAGGUUGAUGAUGACGGUAAUGGACAAAGACCAGGUGGUGGCGGCGUCGUGUAUAGGGUCAAGGACUUGGUGCCGGAGUCAUGCCAUAAGGAUGUAUCGAGGCGGCUGUGUAAAGAGGACGAAACUAAUUAGGUUUAGGGUUGUCAUGUUAUAA